CGCUCGUGCCCCGGCCACUGUGCACAGCUAGCUGCUCGUUGUCGCUGCGCCAGGCCGGAGACAGCAACACAGGUGAAUUGGCCGGAAGAGACGGAUAUGGACCACAACAGCAUGGAGGCUAUGGUGUUCUACUCGGGCUCAACGCUGCGGAAGAAGGUGUGGAAGGAGCACAGCAUUGCGCUCCGCGGCGCACAGGUCUUUCACUUUUACCGCACAGGCAAGCCGAAGGAGGUCAUCGCCCUGACACACGACGUCGAGAUCGACGUGGCUGGACACAACGAGGACGUGCUCGGCAGGCUUAACUGCCUGCGGCUCUCGGACGGCAACGGCCGCUCGUGGACCUUUUCCUUUGGCUCGUACGAGACGGCGUGCGCGUGGGCGUCGGCCCUCGCCGCCGCCCGCAAGUCUGCCGAUGACGAGCCCGACGUCGACCUUGACGCGCAUGUCUGGUACUGGGGCUCGACGCUGCGCAAGCGCAAGUGGAAGUACCACUCGCUCUCCAUCCGCGACUGCAACCUGUAUCACUACCGCGAGAACGGGUCGGUCAAGGAGACCUUUGUCCUUGCGCCCGGCGACGCCGUCGAGCUCGACGAGGGCGGGAGCCACGGCAAGCCGAACCAGCUCACUAUCACCGUGGCUGGCAAGGAGACCGUCUUUGCAUUUACCUCGUGGGAGGAAGCCAGAAUAUGGUCUGUCUCCAUUCUGGCCGCCACGGGCGUCAAGCCGUCCAAAGACGACGCCGCCAUUCUGCGCUCGCUCUCCACCUUUAACGGCGCUGCCAUCGACCACUCGUCUGAUUCGGACUCGGACGACGGUCCGGCCACCCCAGCCGUCUUGAAUCUGCCCUCCAAGUACCGCGACCCAGCGCUCGAGGCUCCGCUUGCCUCGCUUCACGACAACGACUUUGACUCGUAUGACGACGACGACACGUACGGCUCGCCGCCGCCGCCUGCGGACAUCCGCUCAUGACCGACAGGGACGGCCAAGAGCAUCAAGCUGCACGUCUCACAGCGGGUACGGGCUCCCGACCAUGUGCCUCGAGGGGUCAAUCCUCGGGGCGCGCGUCUGCGGCUCUUCGUCAUCGGUGGACGACGAGGUCGAUGAGGAUGUUGACGCCGACGACCCCGACCCCGAGCCCGCAGGCUGGACCACGAGAACGUGGCCGUCGCAGGAGAGCGCCGUGCUGGCGACAAAGUGCACAGCGUCGCCAAACGAGCUAAACGCGACCGGAACC